AAUUAUUUAUAAUUUUUCAAUAAUAUUUCUCUCGCUCCAAUUUCGAAUAUCACUCGAUAUGAAUAUACUAUCUGUUGAUUCUAAUUUCAGUAAGCGGUGAUUUGUAUAUAGUAUUCAAGUAUGAUGGUUGACCUUACUGAAGUGAACUUGAGAAAAUCUGGUGAUAGUGAUAAGGGAGAAAAAUUCACACCCUGUUUCGACAAAAAAGAGAAGAAAAAUGAAGAUAGAGUGGAGCUCAAGAGAGAAAUGGGCCUCUUCUCGGCCAUUAACAUGAUUAUUUCAGUUAUGAUCGGAUCUGGAAUAUUUGUAUCGCCUGCACCAGCCCUAGCCUACUCAGGAUCUGUAGGAAUGUGUAUUGUCGUUUGGACAGUUUGUGGCAUCGUUUCUCUCCUCGGUGCAUUGGCAUUUGCUGAACUGGGUACAGUUAUUCCUAGAUCAGGAGCAGAAUAUGCCUACUUUCUGGAUUCCUUCGGACCCCUUCAUAAAUUUUGGGGCAACCUACCAGCAUUCAUAUACUCCUGGGUGAUGAUUUUCAUCAUUAGACCUGCAGAAGUUGCUGUUAUUAUUUUAACGUUUGCAGAAUAUUUCUGUCAACCUUUAUUGGACUAUCUUUGUAUCAAAGAUGAACAAAUUAUAAAAGCUGUGGCAAUACUUGCUUUAGGUAUCAUUACCUAUAUCAAUGUGAUGAGUGUAAAGUUAUAUGUUAAAGUUCAGAAUAUCUUUGGAUUUUUCAAAAUCUUCGCUUGCCUUAUUGUAAUAUUAGGAGGAGUUUACGAGGUUGCCAAAGGAAACACAAAACAUCUCAGUUCCGGAUUCGAUGGGACAAAUCUCGCGCCAAAAAAUAUUGCUUUAGCCUUUUAUAGCGGUCUCUGGGCUUAUGAUGGCUGGUCAGCAGUGACAAUAGUAACAGAAGAAAUAAAAAGACCAGAAGUGAACAUUCCGAAGAGUAUCGCUAUCAGCGUUCCAAUAGUUACCUUUUUGUACGUAUUCAUGAAUGUUGCCUAUAUGACAGUCCUGACAAUACCAGAAAUGGUGGCCUCAAAAGCAGUUGCAGUAACAUUUGGGGACAGAGCGUUAGGUCCCCUUUCAUUUCUAAUUCCUCUUGGAGUUGCGUUGAGCACUUUUGGAUGUACCUUGAGUAUACAAUUCGGCGUAACUAGGUUAUGUUACGUUUCUGCUCAAGAUGGCUUGAUGAUGGAAAUCAUGUCAUAUGUUCACUAUAGGAGAUUAACACCAUCACCAGCAGUUGUUAUGCAGGGAAUUGUGGCCUUAUUAUUCAUUACUCUUGGAGACAUUGUAGAGUUAAUAGAAUUCGCAAGUUUCCUAAUUUGGUUUUUUUAUGGAGUUGCAAUGAUUUCACUGCUUGUGCUUAGAAGGACCAUGAAAGAUGUUCCGAGACCUUAUAAGGUUCCUACAAUUAUUCCAAUUUUCAUUUUACUGGUGGCCGUUUAUCUAACAUUGACGCCAAUUGUAACAGAUCCUAGUCCGAAAUAUUUAUUCGCAUUAGGCUUCAUAUUUUCAGGUGGUUUAGUUUAUACAUGGUUCAUUUAUAAAAAAAGAAAUCCGGAAUAUUUAAUUGCAAAACUCACUUAUUUCGUACAAAUGCUUUUCGAGGCUGUACCACCGAAUUACAAUGCUGGCAGCUGAAGAGUUCAAAAGACAAUAUGAGUUGAAUGUGCCUACUUUUCUAUGGAAAUUUCACGGACUACCUCAUUUAUGGAAAUUCAUAUUUCGAAAAGAAAUCAUCUAAUAAGGUCUGUGAGAACAAGGAAAACAUGACAAAAAGUUGGACCGUAGCAUCUUCGAAAUUUUUUUAAAGUAUUCUUUUAUCUUCUAUAUAUGUUACUAUUGCGAAUGUUGUAUAUGUAACAAAUCAUAAGAAAAUAAAUAAUUCCUUUGAUUAAAA